UUUCGCAACGGGUUUGUCGCCAGGACACAGGUGUCGUGAAAACCACUGCUAAACCUAAGCAAAAAUGGGAAAGGAGAAGACCCACAUCAACAUCGUUGUCAUCAGACACGUAGAUUCGGGGAAGUCCACCACUACUGGUCAUCUGAUCUACAAAUGUGGUGGGAUUGACAAGAGAACCAUUGAAAAGUUCGAGAAGGAGGCUGCUGAGAUGGGGAAGGGCUCCUUCAAGUAUGCCUGGGUCUUGGACAAACUGAAAGCUGAACGCGAGCGUGGUAUCACCAUUGAUAUCUCCCUAUGGAAAUUCGAGACCAGCAAGUACUAUGUGACCAUCAUUGAUGCCACAGGACACAGAGACUUCAUCAAAAACAUGAUUACAGGCACAUCCCAGGCUGACUGUGCUGUCCUGAUUGUUGCUGCUGGUGUUGGUGAAUUUGAAGCAGGUAUUUCCAAGAAUGGGCAGACCCGUGAGCAUGCCCUUCUGGCCUACACUCUGGGUGUGAAACAGCUAAUUGUUGGAGUUAACAAAAUGGAUUCCACCGAGCCACCCUACAGCCAGAAGAGAUACGAGGAAAUUGUAAAGGAAGUCAGCACCUACAUUAAGAAAAUUGGCUACAACCCCGACCCAGUAGCAUUUGUGCCAAUUUCUGGCUGGAAUGGUGACAACAUGCUGGAGCCAAGUGCUAACAUGCCGUGGUUCAAGGGAUGGAAAGUCACCCAUAAAGAUGGCAAUGCCAGUGGGACCACACUGCUUGAAGCUCUGGAUUGCAUCCUGCCACCAACUCGCCCAACUGACAAGCCCUUGCGUUUGCCCCUCCAGGACGUCUACAAAAUUGGUGGUAUUGGCACUGUCCCUGUGGGUCGAGUGGAGACUGGUAUUCUCAAACCUGGCAUGGUGGUCACCUUUGCUCCAGUCAACGUGACAACUGAAGUGAAGUCUGUUGAAAUGCACCAUGAAGCUUUGAGUGAAGCCCUUCCUGGGGACAACGUGGGCUUCAAUGUCAAGAAUGUGUCUGUCAAAGAUGUUCGUCGUGGCAAUGUGGCUGGUGACAGCAAAAAUGACCCACCGAUGGAAGCAGCUGGCCUCACAGCUCAGUUGAUUAUCUUGAACCAUCCAGGCCAAAUCAGUGCUGGCUAUGCACCUGUGCUGGAUUGUCACACAGCUCACAUUGCCUGCAAGUUUGCUGAGCUGAAGGAGAAGAUUGAUCGUCGUUCUGGGAAAAAGCUGGAAGAUGGCCCCAAAUUCUUGAAAUCUGGUGAUGCUGCCAUCGUUGAUAUGGUUCCUGGCAAACCCAUGUGUGUUGAGAGCUUCUCUGACUAUCCUCCUCUGGGCCGCUUUGCUGUUCGUGACAUGAGACAGAUGGUUGCUGUGGGCGUCAUCAAAGCAGUCGACAAGAAGGCAGGUGGCGCUGGCAAGGUCACCAAGUCCGCCCAGAAAGCUCAGAGGGCUAAAUGAACGUUAUCCCCAGUACCUGGCCACCCCAGUCUUAACCAGUGGGGGAAGAACGGUCUCAGAACUGUUUGUCUCAAUUGGCCAUUUAAGUGUAAUAGCAAAAGACUGGUUAAUGAUAACAAUGCAUCGUAAAACCUUCAGAAGGAAAGGAGAAUGUGUUGUGGACCAUUUGUUUUGUGUGUGGCAGUU